AUGGCUACGCGCUACAAAAGGAUUGACAACCUCAGUCUUUAUUUCCGAUGUGAUGCCGCAGAAUCCCACGUGCCUCAUAUCCCGUCAAAGGAAAUUCGGCUGUGCGCAAAUGUAGGAUGGACGCUCCUUGUGGCAUCCGCGAGCAGAUACAAGGAUGAUUAUCACAUGACGAAGGCAGACGGCGCUCAGGAUCACCAGUACCACUUGGGGGCCUGGUACUCGGCGGACAAGUGGACGGUCGUAGUAUGUAGAUGCCCCGACCGGGCGAUGAUUGCAGGCUACGUAGCACCACUUUCUUGGGGCGUGAUGGACAGCAAGGUGGAAUUCGAAGAACGCGAGGACGACGUUCUGUCAUCAAUGCCCCAUAGGUGUCCAAGUGGUUGGAUGGACAGGCCGACGCAGAAGUGCGCAUGGGGAACGUAUGUGCAUGGGAUUGGUUGGGAAAUGCCUUCAAUCGGCCGCAUUUCAAAGGCCGACGCCACCGGUCAGCUGGAAUGGUGUUCCAUCAUGUGUAAAGGAUCGCAUGCCAUGCACAGUGGCCGGCUCGACAGUCCUGCCGACCGACAGCUGGGAGAGCCCGUCGCCCGGAAGUGCAUGCAUGAAGACGGACGCGACAGGCAACACGGAAACGACGCGAUGCCGCCAGUCUCUGUGGCGGUUGAAGGGCAGACGGCCGCGUCGUGA